CGGCUGUAUGCCGCGGUCGAAUUGGACUUCCAAUCCGACAUCUAUAAAGGUAGCCAACUCUUUUGUGAUCUAGCGAUACGAUCUCAGCAAGGCAAACCUUCGUGUGCCAUUGUCUUUGGCUCCUCAACUGCUGGAGGCGCCUAUCAUCCUGCGCUUUCUGAUUACACCAUUUUCGUGGAGAAUCAGGCUCAAGUGUUUCUGGGAGGACCUCCACUAGUGAAGAUGGCCACUUCCGAGGUGGUCACUGCCGAAGAGCUGGGCGGGGCCAAGAUUCAUGCAUCAACAACCGGACUGGCUGAUCAGAUCGCGAUGGACGAGUUUGAUGCUAUUCAAAAAGCUCGCGAAUGGGUUGCAACACUUCGCACCCCGGAGCCCAGUCGCCUACUCCCCAAUACGUCAGACCCUGUACCUCCUCGGUAUUCUAUCGAUGAUCUCCUCUAUCUGGUGAACACCGACAUUCGUAAACCAUUCGACAUGCGCGAGGUGUUGCUCCGACUUGUUGAUGACUCCAGAAUGGCUAUCUUCAAGCCGAGCUACGGAACGAAUAUGCUGACGGCUUGGGCGGACAUCCUCGGGUUUCGUGCUGGCAUUGUGGCGAACCAGACUCCUGUGAUCCAUCCACACGAGGCCCUCAAAGCCGCGCAGUUUAUUCGGCUUUGCAACCAGGAAAAUACGCCAAUCAUUUUCCUCCACAAUGUCACUGGCUUCAUGGUAGGUACUAAAGCAGAGUGUUAG